AUGAAAAAAGCUACACAUUCAGUUAAAGUUGGUGCAGUUCGACGAGUAUCUAUAGCUUCACAUCCAAAUGAAUAUGAAUUCACCUCUGAGAUUGAACCAAAUUCAAAUGAUCAGUUAACUAAAAAGCAGCUUUUUGACAGACGAAUUAGUAAAAGUGCUGUUCCUCAACCUGAAGUUCAUAAAAAAAAAUAUAUUUCUACACUUGAAACACCUAAAAAUGUUCGUCUACAAUAUAUUACAGAUACAACUAAUGAUAAUCAACAUCAUUCAAAAAAUUCCAGUCCACCAUCACCUUCAUUAUCUCAACAUCCACAACAAUAUAUGACAACAGCUCAAGAACACACAGCAGCAAUAAACAAACUUCAUCAAAUACCUACUAUAUCAAAAAAGAAAGUUUUAGUGGGCAUUUCAGCAUCUUUGAUAAUUGCUACUAUUAUUACUGUUCCGACUGUUCUUGGUAUUUUACUUACAAAAUCAAAAGAAUCAACAAGUACAAUAACAACUACUGCAUCUACCGUGAAUGUUUCUGCAUAUUGGAGUUUUGAUAAUACAGCAGCAGAUUCAUAUGGUGUUUAUAAUGGUCAACUAACAAAUAGUCCAUCAUAUUCUGCUUCUGGGUCGAAUAGUUUCCCAUAUGUAGGACAUGGUCAAGCACUUAACUUUAAUUCAGCAUCAAGUCAAUCAGUUUUAGUUUCGACUCCAUUUUUCAAUUUAAGUUAUACAAGUUUUACAAUUGAAGCUUGGAUUUAUUAUUCAACAUCUACCUCUGAUCGUGGAAUAUUUGGUCAAUGUCAAUGUUCAACUUGUGCUAAUCAAUGUUUAUAUUUAAUUAUGCGAAAUAAUCGCUUGUACGUUGAUUUCAUAUCGAAUUAUUUGUCUGGUUCGACGGCUAUUUCAACUACUUAUUGGUAUCAUAUUGCAUUUGUUUAUAAUUAUGAAACACGACAACAAAUAUUAUAUCUCAAUGGAGUUCAAGAUGCUAUCAAAUCAAGUGCACAACCUUAUCAAGGACAAAAUGGAAGUAUCAAUAUUGGUUCAUCUCGAGCUUAUUCGACCACAUACUAUUAUCAGAGCUAUAUUGAUAAUGUAGCAUUGACAACAAGAGCAAAAUCUUCAGUAGAAAUUUUACGUGAUGCAUCUUUAAUGGCUUACUAUUCAUUUGAUUCACCUAAUCCAACUGUUGACAAUGGUCCGAAUGGAUUAGAUGGAACAUCGAAUAAUAUAGUUACAGCUACUGGACGUGUGAAUGAAGCAAUGCGUUUUCUUGGAUCAUCAUCAUCCUAUUUUCGAGCUUAUGGUUUUUAUCAAAUGUUUUAUGGCGUUGUUAGUCUCAAACCAUUUUCAAUGGCUAUGUGGAUAAAUCCAUCAUCAAUCAGUAAUAUCGCAAUUAUUCAAAUUUUUUCGUCAAGUAUGAGUUCAUGUUACAUUUUACUUGGUAUUUCGUCAUCAAAUUCAUUAACGGGACAGUUGUUUGUAUACAAUACUGGUUCUACUGCAUGGUUGACUGGUCCAUUUGUAACACAAAAUACAUGGACACACAUUUCAUUGACAUAUAGUUCAGGAAAUGGAUACACAUUGUAUGUUGAUGGAGUUCUUUUUGGUUCAACUGGCACUGCAUCAUACCCAUGGAGCGGUACUUUUGCAUAUCUUUUCAUAGGUUAUCCGGCUAGUUGUUCAGGUUCUGCAAAUGGAUAUUAUCAGGGUUACGUUGAUGAACUUUAUAUUUACAACCGAGAACUAUCACAAACAGACGUUACUAGUCUUGCUAAUCCAUGA